AUGGCCGCAGUCGACUGCCUCCCAAUGGCCUCCCUCCACCACCCACAUCACCCAUACAACCAACCCACGCCUGCCCUCUCCCGCUCCUCAAGCAGAGCAAGCAGCGUCAGCAACGCCAGCAAUACAACCUCCAACAACCCAUACGCCAGAUACAUGUCCCCGGCACCCACAUACUCACAGCCUCGCUCAACGACUUCAAGCUCGCCGGCUCGUUCCGUCCCCUCCGUCUGGUGGACUGGUCCAGAGCACCACCCGGUCGAGCAGCCAAAGCGCCACCAACGCUCAACCUCGCUCAACAUCAAUACCAACACAACUAUCCCGCGCCGCAGCCGCUCGGGCCGCUACUCACGGAACUCCAUGUUUGUGAACCCCGACAUCAUUGACGAAUUGGACGAUAUCACAAUCUACUCUUACCACCACGAAGGUCCAUAUGACGCUGUCCGUCCCGAGCGCAAUCGCGGCCAACAUAGCCCGCUUGACGCUGUGCGCGAGUCGAACGAGGAGGCUCUCCGGGCUACGCCAAAAGAUAAGAUUAUGGAUUCGCUGCGCGGACACCGGCCGUUGGAUGGGACGGCGUUCUUCCCGCCUGGAACGACGGAUCCGAAUGGUCAGUCUUAUAUGUAUGAGGAGGGCUCGAACAUGAUGAAUGAGUAUGGGAAUUUCAUGCGACUUCCUGGGAAGAAAUUCACGGACGAGGACUUCAAGGAUGACCCGUUUUAUAAUCGGCCUCUCACCAAUCCGUUUAUGCAGUUGAAGAAGAAGCUCAGUUUGCGACGGAAGAAGAAUCGGAAGCACUCG